AUGCUCAUGUUUGACCCAGUUCCUGUCAAGCAAGAGGCCAUGGACCCUGUCUCGGUGUCAUACCCGUCUAAUUACAUGGAGUCGAUGAAGCCCAACAAGUACGGCGUCAUCUACUCCACGCCGUUGUCGGAUAAGUUCUUCCAGACGCCGGAAGGCCUGUCUCACGGGAUGCAGAUGGAGCCGGUGGACCUCACGGUCAACAAGCGGAGCUCACCGCCCUCCGCCGGGAGCUCGCCGUCCUCCCUGAAGUUCCAGCCCUCGCACAGGCGAGCCUCGCCCGGGCUGAGCCUGCCCUCCCCCAGCCCGCCCGGGAAGAAGUACUCGCCGCCGCCGCCCGGCGUGCAGCCCUUCGGCGUGCCGCUGUCCAUGCCGCCGGUGAUGGCCGCGGCCCUGUCCCGCCACGGCAUCCGGAGCCCGGGCAUCCUGCCUGUCAUCCAGCCCGUCGUCGUGCAGCCCGUCCCCUUCAUGUACACCAGCCACCUCCAGCAGCCGCUCGUGGUCUCCUUGUCGGAGGAGAUGGAAAAUUCCAGCAGUGGCAUGCAAGUACCUGUAAUUGAAUCAUAUGAGAAGCCUAUAUUGCAGAAAAAAAUUAAAAUAGAACCUGGGAUCGAACCACAGAGGACAGAUUAUUAUCCCGAAGAAAUGUCACCCCCUUUAAUGAACUCAGUGUCCCCCCCGCAAGCAUUGUUGCAAGAGAAUCACCCAUCAGUCAUCGUGCAGCCCGGGAAGAGACCUUUACCUGUGGAAUCUCCAGACACACAACGGAAGCGGAGGAUACACAGAUGUGAUUAUGACGGAUGCAACAAAGUGUACACUAAGAGCUCUCACUUGAAAGCACACAGAAGAACACAUACAGGAGAAAAACCCUACAAAUGUACGUGGGAAGGAUGCACAUGGAAAUUUGCUCGGUCUGAUGAACUCACAAGACAUUUCCGAAAACACACUGGAAUCAAACCUUUCCAGUGUCCAGACUGUGACCGCAGCUUCUCCCGCUCCGACCACCUUGCUCUUCACAGGAAACGCCACAUGCUCGUGUGA